AUGGUUGAUGAUGAUAAUUUUGUUUGGAUAAUAGCUUGGUACCUGGUUACCUUGGUUGUUUGCCUGUGCCUUUUGCAUGCUGAAAUAAAUACGCUGACAGUUGAUGCUCACCGCUGUAAGGAGUUCAAGAAGUUGUUGUUUCAUGCUUCUACAGCAAGUAGCAGUUGGAUUCUUCCAACAGCAAUGAAGAUGUUCAAGCUUGCGGCCAACAUCCAAGGAGUUCUGUUACAAUUUCAUUGUGGCUGUUAUGGUUUCUUGUCACCUUAUAUUACCUCUUGCUAUAAGUGUGUUAAUGCAAGAGGGACACUAAGGAGAGGGUACGAUGUUUGUGUAAUGAGCUAUUAG